ACUAUUCAGCUGUUCAACCAAAAACAAACAAAGAAAAAACAAAGAUACAUCCAAUUGAUUUCAGAUCCAUGAAAUUAAAAAAAGAAAAUGCUUGAUUUCAUUCGCGAUAUCAACCUCAAAUACAAAUGCAGUACAUCAACACAAAGAAAUUGAAACAACCAUGGCGAAAGUCUUGGGAGAAAACAGAUCAGGAUCGGAGGGAGGCAUCCCACCCACGGGAUCAAGCUCCAACCUUUCCUUCACCACCCUCCCCAAAACUUCCUCUGAUCAGAAAGUUUACCUAAGACAACAAAAAAACCAAGGAAAUGCACAAUCUCCUCCGGUGAUCCCCUUUCUCUUGCUAUCACCUCCGGCAAUCCCAAACUCAGACCAAAAAGAACAACCAAGAGAACCCCCCUUCUCUUUUCCGGUCCUUCCUAUUUAUACCCCCUCAAACAAAACCCUACCUUCCCCUUCUCUCCUCAUCCAAACCCCUCAAUUUUUUCUUUUUCUUUUUUUUUUUUUGUUUUUACCGUUGCUCGGGUGAGGCCAAAACUGGCCCGGCAGAAUAGCCAAGCAAGCUGGGCGUGAUGUCAUCCUGCAGGUUUGUCUCAUGCACAGCAGCAGGGUCAACGUAGCAGGGGGGCGCAGAGCAAUGGAAUCUGGGUGUGAUCGGGGUGCAGGUUCGGAGCAACAGGGGCGCAGGGGGGCAAAAGGGGAAAGUGCAGGCGCUGGGCGCAGAGUGCAGGAGCAGAAGCAUGCAGGCGCAGCAAGCAGGGGAUCUGGGGCAAGGAUGCAGGGGCGCAGGGCAGGGGCCUGGGCGCGAGGCGCGGGGCACUGUCGGGGGUGAGGGGAUCUGGUUGCAGAAGGGUUUCUGUCUUUCACCCUUUUUCUUUCGUUUUUUUUUUUUUUUUACUUAUUUCUUUUUUUAAGUAAAAGAGCUUGGGUUUUGGGUAAUGGUGGGCUUGGGUUUUUGAUGGGUUUUGGGUUUGUGUUUUUGGGUAAUUUUGGUUUGGGUUUGAUGGGUUUUGGGUUUGGGUUUGUAAAUUUAUGUUGAUGAACUUCACCCCUCCACGUUUUGAUUUCUUCAAUCGAGUCCCUCGUCUUGAUUUCCUUUUCCCGUUUCUUCUUGAAUUGCGUUUUACACAUAACCCCUGAAACAAAAUAAAAAUAUAUUAGUCAA